AAUGAUGUCGUCGUUUGAGGCACGAGCCACGAACCCAGCGCUGUGGAGGCAGCAGCGAGGGUUGGCGGAUCACACACAGAUGGGCUGUGAAACUCCCUUCCCGUGGGCGUCGAGAUGGUGCCGUACCCUGCCUGGCCAGGAGAAGGCGAUACAGCAUGUGGACUAAUCUCCAUCUGUAUCCGUCUGUACGGGGAUUGAGCGUUUUCCCCUCGCGCAAGCCGUGUGGUUUCUCCGAGUUUUCCGCUUUCAACCCACGUGGUAUAUUAACAAACCCGUUUGUAAAUAAUUGAAUUAAUUAAUCUUGAUAACAAAACACUCGAAUGCAGUAGCAGGGCCCUCCUAAAAUCGACUUGGUGUUGCUUGCUUUCCUGGAUAAAUUAGUUACAUUAAUUAAUCAAAAAGCGUGCGCGUUUGUGUGUCCACAUGGACAGUACAGAUGUAACGUUGCCGCUCUAUUGGAUGGGAGCGUUAAUAAUUACUCGUGGACAAUGCAAACACGUGGGGAGGGGCAAUGUCCCACAGUCAAACAAGAACAACACUGGGGGAGGGGGGAGAUGGUGGGAUGAGUGAGUGCCGACUGGGUGAGCGGAUGCUGGGCGAGUGAGCGAGUGGCGGGGUGAGUGGUUUGGGGAGCUGUGAGGGAGAGUUCGUGCCUGGUGGCUGAGCAGGUGCAGGUUUGUUGAGUGAGUGGGUGAGUGAGAGCUGAGUGGGUGAGAGCUGGGUGGGUGAGUGAAAUAGUGGUUGGGUUUGUUGCUAUAUUUCGUAUACGACAUUGCCACUCGAAACCUGACCUUGUAGAAUAGUUUUUAAAUAGUUUUGUGAAAGUUUUGUUGUUUUUGGAGUCACCAGGUUUCUAUUGUGGAACCAGGUCCCCACCCAAUAUGUACAUUUAGUGGCAAUGGGUGCCUACCUGUGGCAGGACAGGUGAGUGGGCGAGUGAGUGGGUGGAUGAGUAUAGCAUUGGAGGAUGGGUACAGGGUGAGUGCAGGGUGCUGGCUGGCAGGGCGGCUGGGCGGAGAGCAGAGUGAACGCUCCUGGCCCCGUGAGCCCCACGCGCAGUGCGGGGCAGGCGAUGAUCCAGCUGACCGGAGGGACCCCGACCCAUACCGCCCAAUCCACGUGUGGGGGCGACACGUGCGUGUCUGUCUGUGUGUGCGUGUCUGUCUGUGUGUGCGUGUCUGUCUUGUGUGUGCGUGUCUGUCUGUGUGUGCGUGUCUGUCUGUGUGCGUGUCUGUCUGUGUGUGCGUGUCUGUCUGUGUGUGCGUGUGUCUGUGUGUGUGUGCGUGUCUGUCUGUGUGUGCGCAGGGAGCGGUAGUGUAUCGGUUCGCGUGCUGCGCUACUACGAACCCGGAGACCCUAGUUCUAUUCCCGCUCAUAGUGAGCUCCAGUGACGAUUAUCUGAAUCGGUCCCGGGCCUCCCCUAGGUCGUCUCAGCCUCAAAUGAGUACCUCGUGUACCGGCCUUCACGAGUGUUUGCUAACGACACUUGCCCCUACAGUAUAUUUAGGCUACACAGGGGAUAUUUGUGUCUGUGUCUGUUUGCCUAUUGCUGUAUUUGUGUGUGUGGAGCGAGAGAGAGAACUGCAGGUUUCUGUUAUUGGCUGAGAUUUUACGGGCAGCGGUAGCGUGAAGCUCACACUGGCCAUCCUCUCCCCCUCCCCACACUCUCCACGGACAACCUCCACCUUCCUCAACCACCCGAGUCUCUCCUCCUCCUACUCCGCCACUCACCCCCAACACCCCGACGUAUCCUCGGCAUCUUCACGAACGACCACCGAGUGAGCGAGACGAGUCUCCAUCCACUGCUACCGUGGAGGUGGAGGCAGGGGGGGGGUGCGUGGCUUUGCCUGGCUGACUGAGUGCCCCGACACAUGGGGGGCCCGUGGGCCCGGCUGCUGGGGGCUGUGGCCCUGCUGAUGAUCGCCAGGCAGAGUGAGUCCCCGGCGCCUGUGUUGGCGCCCUACUUCUUCAUGUGCUCGCACGGCGGGGAGCCCGAGGGCGCGCGAGACGCCGGGGAACUGCUGAUGUCGCUGCACGUGGCGGGGAAUCCAACACAGUACGAGCCGGGGCAGCAGUACCAAGUGACCCUGAGCACCAGCACCGGCUUUGACGGCCUCCUCAUGACCGGCCUCUACACGAGCCCGGGGCCUGGCCCCGCUGUGGGCCCCCACGCGUUCCACUCUCGGGGGCUCUCUGCUGUUGGCUUCUCGUCGGACCGCCCGUUAGGCUCGGGCUUCGUGUGCAGCGUGGUGGCGUCCCACGCGGCGCCGCGGCCGCAGACGGCGCUCACCUUCACCUGGACGGCGCCGCCCACCGGCACCGGAUGCAUCAGCUUCCUUGCCACGGCCACGCUGCGUGGGCAGAUCGUGUUUAAGGACACGGUGGUGCAUCAGCUGUGCGAGCAUGGAGUUCCCACCCCGGCUCCUCUGAGGCCCAAACUCGCUGAAGUUCACUCCCAGGACGUGGAGCUCAGGGACGACUUUGACUCGGAUUUCGGCCUCAACCCGGACCUCUGGUCAGGCUGCCAGGGCUGUGAGGUUAGUGACCUCUGUGGUCCCAUAAUGCAUGGCAACGCUGCCAUCUUCUGCCAGACCUCUGGGCCCCGUGAACUGACCACGGUGCCACUCAACGCCACGUCCGCCACGGUGCUGCAGUUCUCCCUGGGUGCAGGGCAGUGCAGUAGCGGCGAGGAGGGCCCCCCAAUCGUGGUCUCGUUCACGCACGGAGACCCCCCGACCCAUCGACUCGCUGGACCGAGCUGGAGAGGAUCAGCCCCUGGUAGCCCCCGUGCCGUAGUUCACCUGGUGCCGCUGCCCUGGGCGGCGCGAGCAGCCGGCGUGGCGCUGCGCUGGAGCCAGCAGCAGCAAGAGGAGCCACGCGCCACGGCCUCGGCCGGCUGCUGGGGCCUGGACCACGUGCUGGUGGCCGGUGGCGCCCAGCGGCCCUCCGGCCUGCAGGACGACAUGGACCCUCUCCACACGGGCAACUGGCUUUUCUUCCCCGGAGCCGUCGUCAAGCACAGCUGCCAGUCGGACGGGGACUGCCUGUUCUUCCCGGCGAUGGAGGGUGGGGGCCCGGGGGGGUUCGCCGCGACUCGCGACCUCGACCUGCAGAGGGGGCGGCCGGAGGGAGAGGAGGACGAGGGGCGACUGUGGCAGGAGGAGUUCGAGUCGGAGCCUCUAGGUUGGACGGUGACCGGAGGAGCGCCGAGCUCCGCGUGUGGGGGGGUGCCGACGUCCGGCAGGGCCCUGGUAAUGCAGGGCCCCGGGCCCAGGGAGGCGUGCACCCCACCCCUGAACACCACCGCUGCCGGCAGCCUGCGCUUCCACUACAGCACGGGUGGAGGUGCGUGCGACCCCGUGGCCUGGCCACACCACGCCGUCUCCGUGUCCAUCCGCGGUGCGGCUGGGGAUGAGGUGCUGCUGGAGACGAUGCUGCGCGGCGAAUACCGGGUACCCAGCCCGGUCUCCGUGGCGAUCCCUCCCGCAUGGCACCGGCCCGCCGUGAGGUUCUGCGUGGCGCAGGCGGCGCACGGGGGGCCCGGUCGCGACGUGUGGGCGCUGGACCGCGUGGCGCUGCUGCCCCCCGCACCCCCGCGCCCCACGCACCUCCUGCAGUUCUCGCUCAGCAUGGGCUGUGGUGUCGAAACGUCGGACUCCAGCGUGAGGUUGGAGUUUUCCACGGACCAGGGCCGCUCCUGGAACCUCCUACUCUCAGAGUGCCUCCCUGGGGAGUGCGAGGGACCGCACCAACCGCACCGCACCGUCUAUCCGGCUCACAGCUACACGGGCUGGUCGCGUGUGACGGUGCCGCUGCCCCUGGUGGCCGUCUCCCCGUGGACGCGGUUCCGCUGGAGCCUCGAGCACACGGGGAAUGGCACCGCCUGGGCCAUCGACAACGUCUACAUCGGGCCUGCCUGCCCUGAGCUGUGCUCGGGCCAAGGGCAGUGCACGGACUCGGGAUGCCUCUGCGACGCGGGCUUCUCGGGCGAGGCGUGCGAGGAGACGUCGCGGGUGCUGCCGCCCUUCCUCUCCGAGAGCUUCCAGACUCCGCCGCUGCCCGGACUCUCCUCCUUCUUGUCCGUGGCCGGGGCGCAGGUGGGCUUCGUGUGCGGUGUGCUCGCCACGGGAAAGUCUCUGGUGUUCAGCAAAGACGGGCCACGUCACCUGCUCACCACUCACCUGGAUAGCAGCACAGCCAGGUACCUGCAGUUUGCGCUGCGUCUCGGCUGCCGCUCCGAGCUGGGCGGCUGCCGGGCGCCGGACGCCCCCUCGGAGGGGGUGCUGCUCCACUACUCCCCCAACAACGGGGUCAGCUGGACCUUGCUGGCGCAGUAUCGGCCCCCCGACUACCGCGAGCCCCGCAUCGUGACGGUGGAGCUGCCCGCCGGCGCGCGGCGCUACGGCGUGCAGUUCCGCUGGUGGCAGCCGCGGCACUCGGCGCCGGGCCGCGACGUGUGGGCGCUGGACGAGCUGGCGAUGGCCGAGGAGCUCUUCAGCGCCGUUAGCGUCGACUUUGGCGACGCCGCCGCCGUGGCGCAGGCGCUCACCUUCCACCUGGGGCGGCUGGCGCCGUACUGCGGGCGCGGCGUCACACUCAGUUUCUCCGGCUCCAGCUCGGGGGCCAGCGCGCGCUACGUGGAGACGCAGCCGCUGCAGGUGGGCGCUUGGUACGCCCUGCAGUUCGAGAUGGCGCUCGGCUGCGUGGGGGGGGGUGCCGCUCCCGGCGACGACGACGGCGGCGGCGACGACGGCGAGGGUGGCGUUGGCGUGCGGCUCGAGUUCUCCACCAAUCACGGCCUCUCGUGGCACCUCGUCCAAGAGGAUUGCCUGCCGGGCGCUCCGAGCUGCGGGGAGUUUGCGUCGGCGAGCGUCUACCGCUCGUCGGAGCGCUCCAGCUGGAGCCGCGUCACCAUCGGCCUCCCCCAGCACACCUGGUCCGGAGCGACGCGUUUCCGCUGGAGCGAGGCGCAGCCUGGCGGGGGGGAGCACGGCUGGGAGGUGCUCAGCUGGGAGGAGCACAGCUGGCCGGGACACUCCCUGGAGGAGCACAGCUGGGCGCUGGGCAGCCUCUACGUGGGGCAGCAGUGCCCCGAGGCCUGCCACAACCAUGGGCAGUGCCACCAUGGCACGUGCAGGUGUGGCGGGCGUGCGGGUGUGGCGGGUGUGUGGGUGUGGCGGGCGUGCGGGUGUGGCGGGCGUGCGGGUGUGACGGGCGUGCGGGUGUGGCGGGCGUGCGGGUGUGGCGGGCGUGCGGGUGUGGCGGGCGUGCGGGUGUGGCGGGCAUGCGGGUGUGGCGGGCGUGCGGCUGCGACCUGGGCUACGAAGGCCCCAGCUGUCUGCCCGUGGAGGCGCUGCCAACGUCGGCUGCACGCCACCUUCGACGAGGAUCCCCCGGGGGCGUGGGGAGGGGCGGCCGGGCCUCCGUGGGCGGCCGUCGACGGGGGGGAGGUGCGGCCCCCGGAGCGGGCCUGCGGCGUCGUUGCCGCCGGCAACUCCAUUUACUUCUUCAAGGGCGGCGUGCGCCGUCUGGUGAGCGCCGACAUGGACACGCGCGGCGCCGACUUCGUGCAGUUCUGGCUGCGUCUGGGCGGGGGCCCCGCGGGCGCCGCCUGCGCCGGGGCGGAGCGGCGUGAGGAGGGCGUCCUCCUGCAGUUCAGCACGGACGGCGGUGCCACCUGGACGCUGCUGCUUGAGCUGCACUACCGCGACUACACCCAGGCCAGGUUCGUGCACCAGGCGGUGCCCCCGGCCGCCCGCGCUCCCUGCGCCCGCUUGCGCUGGUGGCAGCCGGCGCACUCGGGCUUCGGGCAGGACCAGUGGGCAAUCGACGACAUCAUCGUGAGCGGGGAGGCCGGCCUCAACUUCUUCCCCACCGAGGCCUCGCUGCCCAGGGACCAGGUCUCUCCUCACCCCCCCCCCUUCCCCUACCCCCCUAUACGCAGGGGUCUCCUUAGAGGGGACCGUCCUGGGCCUCCCCUGGUACUUGUUGCUGUGUGUGAGCGUGUGUGUAUGUGCGUGCGUGCGUGCAAACAUCAGCGCUGGGGAAACCAAUUUGGCCGGGCGUGGUUCCGGCCACGCCACGCCGACAUUCACAGGUGCCGCUCGCUAACGGCACUUGCCCCGACGGCCGCUCGAAGGCUAUCCGGGGGGAACUUUGUCUCCGCGUGGUGUUGUCGCCGCUCCCGCCUGACCUCCCAGCUGACCCCGAGGGGGGCGUCGCGCCCGGCCGCCGCGUCCCCUCCCAGCAUCUGGCUGACGACGGCCAACGAGGGUCGCCACGGCGACGAGGAGGACCUGUGCUCACCCCCGUCGCCGACGGCGCUGGUGUUCGGCCUCGCGCAGGGGAACCGCUACGCCGUGACCCGCGACCUCGACGUCAAGCCCGGACACUCGCUGCAGUUCAAGCUGAACAUCGCUUGCCGACCGGACGGCGGGCGGGAGGGCUCCGGCGGCGUUGCCGCGGGGGACGCGAGCGGUGCGGUGAUGGUGCAGUUCUCCCACGACUCGGGCCGCUCGUGGGCGCUGGUGCACGAGGCGUGCCUGCCGGCGGGGCCUGGCGGUGCCGGCUGCGAGGGCCUCGGCCCGGAGCUCCGCUCGGCGUCCGUGUUCCUCCCCGGGGACCUCCCGCCGUGGACGCGCGUCACACUCGUGGUGCCCCGCGCUGUCGCCGCCCGGAAGGUGCGGUUCCGUUGGCUGCAGGAGACAGGGACCCCGGGGUCCGUGGGGGGUCCCCCGCCCCCCCCGUUCGCCCUUGGACGAGGUGGCCGUGUCCGAGCCGUGCCCGGGCCACUGCGGGGGCCGGGGGGCCUGCUGGGCCGCCAACUGCACGUGCGACGCCGGAUACACGGGCAAGGGCGCCACGAGGGCUCGUGCGUGCGCGACGCCGCGCUUGGCCUGGUGCCGCCCCCGCCCCGCGAGGCCGUCGACCGCUUCGAGGGGCCCGAGCCGGGGCCCCUGUGGGCCUUCGUGCUGGGGGGCCGCGUGGCCCGGGGCUGCGGGCUCCUCGGGGAUGGGGAGUCGCUCUACUUCGACGGCGCCGGGCGCCGUGAGGCGCGAACCGUGCCGGUCGACACGACGGGCGUCGGGAUGCUGCAGUUUUUUGUCCGCGUGGGCAGCACCGACCUGGGCGCCGCCUGCUCCAAACCUCGCACGCGCAACCAGGGUGUCCUCGUGCAGUUCUCCGCGGACAACGGGGUCAGCUGGUCGCUGCUGCGCGAGCUCGACUUCUCUUCCUUCCUGCUGCCCGAGCUCGUGGGCCUCGUGCUGCCGCCCCCGGCCAAGACGCCGCACACCGCCUUCCGCUGGUGGCAGCCGCAGCACGGCCGCGCCGGGGCCCAGUGGGCGCUGGACGACGUCCUGGUCGGAGUCAACGACAGCUCCUUGCCCGGCUUCCAGGAUGGCUUCGAGGAGCCGGGGGCCGGCGGUGGUGGGGGGCCCUGGUUCCAGAUCCAGGGGGGCCGCGUGCUUCGCGGCGCCGGCUCCGGCAACGGCGAUCACGGCCUCCGGUUCGGCGGCCACUCCGACCGGCCGCGUCUUGCCGAGACGUGGGACUACCAGGUCACCGCCUCCACCUUCCUGCAGUUCGAGAUCAGCGUGGGGGGGGAACUGGGAGGGCACGGGGGGCCCGGCGACGCGCCGCUCCCUGCGGGGGGCGGCGCGGAGGAGGCGUGUGGCGGCGGCGGCGGUGGCGCCGCGGUUGAGCUGCAAUUCUCGCUGUCGGUGGGGCGCGGCUGGCGCCUGCUGCAGGAGGAGUGCGCGCCGCCGGCGCUGGGCUGCGAGCGCUACGCGCGCGCCUCGGUCUACACGGCGCAGACGCACGCCGCCUGGACGCGCGUCACCGUCUACCUGCCGCCUGCCGCCACCUCUCCCCGCACGCGGUUUCGCUGGAUCCAGCGUUGGGGCCCCUGUGGGCCCCGGGGCUCUCCGUGGGCGCUGGACAACGUCUACCUGGGCUCCGGGUGCCCCUGGCUCUGCUCCGGCCACGGCUCCUGCCUCUCGGGGCACUGCCGGUGCGACGAGGGGUUUGGCGGCGCGUACUGCGUGCCGACCGUGCCUCUGCCGUCGCUGCUCAUGGACGACUUCGACUCGGAGCCGAGCGCCGUCGAGUGGUCCCAGCGCCUCGGCGCCGACUGGGGCGGCCCUCCCAGUGGCGCCGUCACCUCCGGACCGGCGCUCAUCUUCCGGCAGGACGGGCCCCGCCUGCUCGUGUCACGUGACUUGGACUGCACCAGCGCGCACUUCCUGCAGCUCUACCUGCGCUUCAUCUCCUCGGACUGGAGCGACCGCUCCCACGCCGUGCUGCUGCAGUUCUCCAUCAAUGGCGGCAUCUCCUGGCGGCUGCUGGACGAGCUGGGCCCCCCUUCCACCGGGCCCCCUUCCGGACCCGCCGACCCCGCGGCCCCCCCCGCGGACCGGCUGUUUGUGAGCGCGCCGCUCCCCCACACGGCGCAGACCAACGCCACGCGGUUCCGCCUGUGGCAGCCGCGGCACGGAGGGCGUGAGGCGCACGUGUGGGCGCUGGACGACGUGCUGCUGGACGGGGACGACGGCGGCCCGGGCCACGCCCUGCUGCUCGACUCGUUCGGCCCCCAGGGCCCCGGGGGGCUCUUCCACCCGGGGGGCCGCGCGGGGGCCUACUGCGCCGGCCACGGGGGGGGAGCUGGCGGGGGCGGCGCCGGCGGCGAGGACGAUGCUGUGGUUGGUGCCACCGCCCUGGUGUUCGCGGCAGGCGGUGACGGUGAGCGCUCGGCGAGCACGCGGGAUCUCGUGGUGGCGGAGAACACCGUGCUGCAGUUCCAGAUCGCGGUGGGGUGUGGCGAAGACACCGCCGCCGGCGCUCCGGCCACGCCGGUGCGACUGGAGUUUUCGCGCGACCGCGGCGCCACCUGGCACCUGGUGCGGCCGCUGUGCGCCGGCGCCGGCCGCCCGGGGGGCCCCCUGUGCUCCACCGAGCGCCAUCCGCCGAGCGUCUUCUACGCCGGCGCCCGGCCCGGGUGGGCGCGGCACGCGCUGCACGUGGGCAAGCUGCAGCUGUGCGGGCCCGUGCGGUUCCGCUGGUACCAGGGCUAUUUCCUGCCGGGGAGCGUGGGCGGGGGCCCGUGGGCGCUGGACGGUGUGUACGUGGGCCCGCAGUGCGAGGAUAUGUGCAGCGGCCACGGCGGCUGCGUGGGCGGCGCGCGGUGCGAGUGCGACGCCGGCUUCUCGGGUCCCACGUGCGCCCGGCGCCCGCCGCUCCGGAGCUUCCUCUCCCACGACUUCGAAGAGCCCCCGAGCGAGGCCGAGUUGGCGGCGUGGAGCGGUGGGCGCGUGUCGCGCCGCUGCGGCGUCCUCGCCGACGGCUCCAGCCUCGUGUUCGCCGACGGAGACGGCGGCCUCCGCAUGCUGCUCACCCACGACCUCGACCUCUCACGCGCCACCUUCGUGCAGUUCUACGUGCGUCUCGGCUGCAGCAAGACGGCGCCCGACCGCCGCUCCGCGCCGCUGCUGCUGCAGUUCUCGACGGAUGCCGGGCAGACCUGGCGUCUCCUGCAGGAGCUGAGCUUCGGCGAGUCGGGGACGGCGCCGCGCUACGUGGCGCUGCACGUGCCGCGAAAGGCCGCGACGCCGGCCACGCGCCUGCGUUGGUGGCAGCCGCUCCUCUCGCCGGCGCUCUACACACCCUGGGCGAUCGACCAGGUGGUGGUGGGGGGCGGCGCGCCCGGCUCCUCGGUGCUGGAGGACGACUUCUCGCUGGCGCCGGGCGAUGCCUGGCUGCUGCUGCCAGGCGGGCGCCGUGGCCCCGCGUGCGGCUCCGCGGGCGACGCGCUGGUGUUCGGGAACAAGUCGUCGUCGCGCUACGCCGUGACGGGCGACCUGGCCGUGGGCGACGACUCCUUCCUGCAGUUCGACUUCGUGGCCGCGUGCGGCGAUGCUGGCACCUGCUACGCGGUCGCCCUGGAGUUUUCGCGCGACCUGGGCGUGACGUGGCGGCCGCUGCUGCCCGACUGCGCCGCAGCGCACGCCCCCUGCUGGCUCCACGCCGUGCCGGGCUCCCUGCUCUCCUCCGACCUCUACCCCCGCUGGACCCGCAUCACCAUCCCUCUGCCCCCGUCCACCCGCUCCCCCGCCACCAGGUUCCGCUGGUCCCAGCCGUUCCCCUUCGACUGGCAGCAGAGCUGGGCCCUGGACAACGUCCACAUCGGGGACUCGUGCCCCGACGCCUGCUCUGGCCACGGCCGCUGCACACGCGGGGCGUGCACGUGCGACGUCGGCUGGGCCGGCCUCUACUGCGACGAGGCCACGGAGCCGCUGCCCACGCAGCUCAAGGAUGCCUUCCAGGGCCCCCCCGCCCCCCAGCGCUGGCUGCAGGUGGCCGGCGGCGCCGUCGAAGCCGGCUGCGGUUCCCUCGUCUCCGGGACGGCGCUGCACUUCACCGGGCCGUGCACGCGGACGCUGGUGAGCGUGGACCUCGACCUGAUGCUGGCCGAGUUCGUUCAGUUCACCUUCUCCUGGGGUUGCGCCACGCCGCCCGCGCCCACGCCGGCGGGCGGGCGCGAGCCGGCCGUGCUGCUCCAGUUCUCCACCAACGGCGGCGUCACCUGGCAGCUCCUGCACGAGCUCACGCAGGGCGGCUUCGUGAGCGUGGUGCUCCAGGAGGAGGCUCGGGCGGUCGGCGUGCGCCUGCGGUGGUGGCAGCCGCGGCACGGCGCGCGCGACGGCACCGACUGGGCGCUCGACUCGGUGCUCGUGGGCGGCUGGCGCCAGGAGCGCCCGCUCGGCAUGCACGACUCCUUCUCUGUGCCGCUCGCCCGCCUGCUCGACCUGCCGCAGUCCGACGGCGCCCCCGGCGGCGACGGCGACUCGCUGCCGACGGUGGACACGCGGCACCUGGUGGAGCUGCACAGCGGCUGGCUGUUCCACGACGACUGCGAGGUGGGGAGGUUCUGCGGGGCCCCGGGGGACGUGCUGCUGUGUGGAGGCGCCACGGCGGGGGGCGCCGGCAACGCCGUCGCGCUCUCCACGCACGACAUGGAGCCGAGGCCCGGCUGGGUGCUCCACGCCAAGAUGGUCGUGGGCUGCCGGGACGGCACUGAGGGCCGGGACGAGCGGGGCGGCCCCGUGCACGUCCAAGCGUCCGUGGACUUCGGCGUCACGUGGCGCUACCUGCAGCCGCAGUGCCUGCCCGCCGACCCACAGUGCACCGGGGCGGUGGCGCAGGCCUCGGCCCUCUUCCCCUCGCGCCGCUGGAGGAGGGUGACCUUUCCCCUCGACGACAGCCUCACGGGGAGGCCCGUGCGGUUCAGGGCCCUGCAGGAGGAGCUGGGGGCCCCGUGGGCCCUGGACGACUUCUGGGUGGGGCCCGCGUGCCCGGGCCACUGCGGCGGGCGCGGGGAUUGCGUGCAGGGGGCGUGCGUGUGCGACCCCGGGGCCUCCGGCGAGGCCUGCCAUGGCACGCGGCUUGGGCCGUCGUUGCUGAAGGAGCGCUUUGGGGGGGCCGCUGGGACCCCUGAUCCGGACUCGUGGGAGCUGGUGGAGGGCGGGGGGCCCUGCCCCUCCUGCGAGGUCGUCUCCGACGGCGCCGCCCUGCACUUCCGCGGCGUGGGGGCUCGGCAGGCCACGACGGCCGAGCUGGACCUGCGUGGGGCCACGUUUGUCCGCUUCUGCGCGCGGAUCGACGUUGGCGCAGGUCCCGCCGCCCGGGGCCACUACGAUUCGGUGCUGCUGCAGUUCUCAACGGACGGCGGUGUGCGGUGGCACCUGCUGUUUGAGAUGGAGGCCCAGCGCUACGUGACGGCGCGCUGCGACCACGUGGCGCUCUUGCCCGCGGUGCUCUCCAACUCGACGCGCCUGCGCUGGUGGCAGCCGUGCCUGCUGGGCCGCGCGGGGCUGCUGAACUGCACCGCCGCCGUCGCGCGGGCAACGUGGGCGCUGGACGACGUGCUGGUGGGCGGCGAGGAGGUGAACCCCAGCAUCCUGGUGGACGACUUCCAGACAGGCUCGGGCGAGGCCGCGCUGCGCGAGGACCUGUGGACCUUCCACCCCCACGCCGCCCCCGCCGCCGGGUUCUGCUCCCGCCCUGGGGGGGCGCUGGUGUGGCCGGGGGGGCAGCCGCUGCCCACUCCCGCCUCCCUCACCACGCGGCAGCUCAUCAUCGCGCCGGGCAGCAUGGUGCAGUUCCAGAUUGUGAUUGGCUGUGGCGGCGGCGGAGGCGAUGACGCCUGCUCCGACGCCUUCUCCGUGCGGUUGGAGUACAGCACGGACGCAGGCCGGGACCAGUGGGCGCUGGUGCAGGGCGAGUGUCUCCCGUCGGGGGCCUCCCGCGCCGGCUGCUCCCCCUUCCGGCUGCACGAGGCCUCCGUGUACUCGGCGGUGACGGCGCCGCGCUGGACCCGCGUCACCCUCGGCCUGCCUGACGGCGCCGCGUCCACCGCGACGCAGCUGCGCUGGAUCUUGGCGCGGCGCGCGGGAGGCAAGGGAGCCGCGGGAGGCAAGGGAGCCGCGGGGGGCGGCGCCGACCGUGCCGUGCCGCCCCCCGCCUGGGGGCUCGACGACGUCUUCGUAGGGGAGCCGUGUCCCCGCCUGUGCAGCGGGCGCGGGAGGUGCACGCACGGCGCCGUCUGCGUCUGUGACGACGGCUACACAGGGGACGACUGCGGCACGGUGGAGUUGCCCCUCGCGACAUCGAUGCGCGAGGGCUUCGAGUUGGAGGAGUCUUUAGGCCGCGGCUGGGCCCGCACCGGGGGCGGCCGCUUGGCCGGGGGCGGCCUGCCCGAGGGCUGCGGGCCGCUCAACCCGCUGGCACACGGGAAGGCCCUGUACUUCAGCGGCUGUGGCGUCCGCGAGGCCGUGACCCGGCCCCUCGACCUCACGCUGGCCAGCAAGGUGCUGUUUGUGCUGCGGAUCGGGAGCCCGGCGCAGUCCGAGCGCUGCAACGCGGCCGACGGCCCCGGCGACGCGGAGGAUCGCGCCGUGCUGCUGCAGUAUAGCGCCGACAACGGUGCCAGCUGGCAGCUGCUGGCGUCGCACUCCGCGCGCGACCUCCUGCUGCCGCGACGCCUGGCGUACGACGUACCAGGGAAGGCGCGGGCAAGGGGGGUGAUGCUGCGGUGGUGGCAGCCACGGCACGGGGGCCCCACGCGGGACCAGUGGACGCUGGACCAGGUGGAGGUCGUGCAGGCUCGGAGGCAGGGGUACCUGGCAAGCCUUGGGCGUCAGCAGCAGCUGAGGCGCGUGCGCCGUCGCCGCCGCCGCAUCCUGCGCGGCUGACCCCCGGCCCGCCUGCUCCGCCGGUCUCCGCCCGUGCCGAUUGGUGGCCGCAGCCUUGGGGGCUUCGUUUGGACAUUCGUGACUGCCGUUACGGCCCUGAACUCGCGGCUCGAGGGGAACGUGGAGGGCGGCGGUGCGGGACGUCUAAGACGCCACGGUACCGAGGCCCCCAGAGGGUCGGGGUAAGCAGAAAUCUGGGACGGAGCGAGCGGUACGGGAUGAGAGGUCAGGUGGUACCGAGGUGCCGGGGGGGGCGCCUUCGACGCACGGGGCCACCGGUCGCACGGCCGGCUCGUGAUGCCCGUGUGAGAUCAUGACUCAAAAUAAACAAGCUAUUAAAAUAUAACCGUCUCGAAUGUA